UUCCAUUCAAAAUGGUUUCAAAUAGAGUUUUUAAUGUUGUUUUCUUUGUGUUGUUGGGUGUAGCGAUAUGCUCUGCUGCUAGGACGCUUACUAGCUACGAGCCGAGUGGCUAUGGCGGUGCUGGUGGUGGAGGGCAUGGUGGAGGGGGAGGAUCUGGUGGGGCUGUGGCAGAGCAUGGUGGAUAUGCUAGCGGUGGAGGGAGUGGUGUUGGAGGUGGGGCUGGAUAUGGAGGUAUGCGGUGGGGAGCAUGGUGGGGUGCCGGUGGGGCGGCUGGAGGGGGAGCGGGAGGAUAUGGUAGUGGGGGAGGUGCAGGUGCGGGUGCGGGUGGUGGAGGAGGUCAUGGUGGAGCACAUGGAGGCGGUGGUGAAGGAGGUGGGACUGGCGGGGGCGGUGGAUAUGCUGGUGGAGCAGGGUCGGCUGCAGGAGGGGGUGGGCAUGGAGGUGGGUCCGGGGCCGGUGGGGGUUAUGCGGGAGGGGAAGGAUCGGUUGCGGGAGGUGGUGGGCAUGGGGCUGGUGGUGGUGCUGGAGGAGGUUAUGCCAGUGGUGGCGAGCAUGCAGGUGGAUAUGGUGGAGGCUCUGGUAGCGGCGAAGGGGGCGGUCAUGGUGGCUAUACCCCGUAGAAGUGUGUUUUGGAUCAAGUUAUUACCCAAAGAUGCAAAAUUAUGAUUAUUAAUGUUCAUUUUAAAAAUUUGGAAAAAAAUGUGAUUGCAUGGCAUAUGUUGCUUAUCAAAUGUAUGAUAUGGUGAUGUACUUUGAAGAUGUAUUAUGUUGUGUCAAAUAUUAAUGAAUCAAAUGUUUUCUUAAA